GGGCGGAACACUCAUGCCUACAGGGUGUGCUUAAUAGUGAGAUUCACCUUUAUGUUAUAAAAUCAGCUGUUUCACAGGGCUCUUUAAUUUAUUAAAGCAAUUGUUGUUGGAGAGAGUCGAAAUUAUGCUGAGGGCAGUUGGACAAUUGUCAUCGAGUCAACUGAAAUCGUUGCCUGUGAGACUUUACAGUCAAAAAUCAGGAGCUGCAAGCACUAGUCAGCCACCUCCAAAUCCGGAUGUACCUGGAUUAAGCGAAAAAUGUGUUGCAGUGCCCAAUAAACCUGUCGGUCCAAACGCCAGCAAAAACACAGAUUACAAAAAUCCCGAGUACUUCUGCUACCACGUAGACAGCUUCGCUGAAGCUGAAGUGGAAAUGGCCAAAUUUCGUCUACCAGCCCCAACCAACCGGGAAAAAUUCACCCGUAAUUUAUAGAGCUCUGGAGGGUAAAUAGAUAAUUUAUUGAGGAUUUGAAGUUUAUUGAUGUAAAGAUAAACCAUUAGAAUCAACCUUUGGGAAUAAUAAUGGUACGCAUUAUUCAUUUCAAUAUAUUCCACAGUUUGAUAUUA